AACAUCGUUUGGAGAGCUUGUUUCCCGAAUUUUCCCUCAUGGAGGCCUGGAAAUACGCGGGGUUUCGCCUUUAUUGUUGUCUCGGGAUUUUUGUUUAAGUCGACUAUUGUGUUAAGCUGUUUAAUUGUUGGCUUCAAUUUUUUUCAUUCAUAUUUUGGUGUUGUGUGCGGUUUUCACAGACCAAUGAACCAUGUACGGGUUAAUCAUAGAAAACAUGACCGAAUACAUCAAAGCCACGUACGGCGAAGACAAAUGGGAGGAAAUUCGACGGGCAGCCGGAGUCGACCAACCCAGUUUCAGCACUCACCAGGUUUACCCAGAAGGACUUAUUCCCAGACUGUCGAAAAAGGCCGUACAGAUACUGAAAGUGAGCGAAAAGGAGUUCUUCGAUCAGAUGGGAGUGUUUUUCAUCGGCUUCGUCAGCCAGUAUGGUUACGAUCGCGUGCUUUCGGUGUUGGGCAGGCACAUGAGGGACUUUCUCAAUGGACUUGACAAUCUGCACGAAUACCUCAAGUUCUCCUACCCACGAAUGCGAGCGCCCAGCUUUAUAUGCGAAAAUGAGACCAAACACGGUCUCACCCUGCAUUACAGGAGCAAGAGAAGAGGCUUCGUCUAUUACACCAUGGGGCAAAUCAGGGAGGUCGCCCGCCAUUUCUAUCACAAGGAAAUGAAAAUUGAGCUGGUGAGAGAGGAGCUGCUCUUUGACAUGGUGCACGUGACCUUUCAAUUGACCUUCGACAAUAGAGCCUUCACGUUGGCGUCGCUCACGAUGACUCGCGAAGAGAAACAUUUACCCAUUAGUGCUUCGGUGCUGUUUGAGAUUUUUCCGUUUUGUAUCGUUUUCGGCUCGGACAUGGUGGUGCGAAGUAUCGGAAACUCGCUUAUGGUUAUUAUGCCCGAUCUCUUGGGCAAGAAAAUCACCAAUUGGUUUGAUCUCGUGCGGCCGCUGACUGCCUUUAAAUUCAGUUCGAUUUUAAAUAGAACCAAUAAUAUCUUCGAACUGGUAACAGUCGAGCCCAUUCUCAACGAUAAACCCACCGACAGGCAAGAAUUGGUUUUGAGCGACGAGCUGGACGCAUUCAACGAAGAGAAAAAUCUGCGACUAAAAGGCCAGAUGAUCUACAUGGACAACUGGAAGAUGAUGAUGUACCUGGGAACGCCCGUUAUGCCCGACCUGACUUCCCUCAUUAAUUCCGGCCUGUACAUCAACGAUCUGUCCAUGCACGAUUUUAGUCGCGAUCUUAUGCUGGCCGGCACUCAACAAUCAGUAGAAUUAAAGUUAGCCCUCGACCAGGAACAGCAGAAGAGCAAAAAGCUGGAAGAAUCGAUGAGGAAGCUGGACGAAGAGAUGAAGAGAACUGACGAACUGUUGUACCAGAUGAUACCAAAACAAGUGGCCGAUCGGUUGAGAAAAGGCGAAAAUCCCAUCGAUACUUGUGAGAUGUUCGACAGUGUUUCCAUCCUAUUCUCAGACGUGGUGACCUUUACGGAGAUCUGCAGCCGCAUCACCCCAAUGGAGGUGGUUUCAAUGCUAAACGGCAUGUAUUCGAUAUUUGACCGACUCACUGAACGAAACCGGGUUUACAAAGUUGAAACCAUCGGCGAUGCUUAUAUGGUAGUGAGUGGAGCUCCAGCCAAAGAGGGAAACCAUGCGGAGAGAGUGUGCGACAUGGCCUUAGACAUGGUGGAAGCGAUAACUGACCUCAAGGAUCCCUCCACUGGCCAGCAUCUUCGGAUUCGUGUAGGCGUCCACUCAGGAGCUGUGGUAGCUGGAAUUGUGGGCCUCAAAAUGCCCAGAUAUUGCCUUUUUGGCGACAGUGUAAACACAGCAUCCCGAAUGGAGUCUUCGAGUGAAGCAAUGAAGAUCCACAUCUCCGAGUACACGAGGGACUGUCUGCCGCCCUCCUAUAAAGUGCAGGAAAGAGGCGAAAUUCAGAUCAAAGGAAAAGUUGCAGGCACAAUGAAGACCUACUGGCUUCAGGGCAGGGAGUGCAGAACUCCCGUUCCAAGAACCCACCUGACCACCAUGUCAACUUCCAAGGAAGUGGUGCGUGCAGUCAACAGCACCACUUCCACCCCGGGCAGCUUGAAAGACUUGGGCGCAAGAACAGUGGUUUAUUCCCCGAUAACUUUCCAAGACGUGGCCAGAAGAAGCAUUGCCAGCUCCCCGGUUAAAACGGCAAUAAGCAAUCGAGGCACUCGGUCCAACUCAGAGGGGGCGACAACGUCGCUUUGGGAUCCUGCCAACUACUUCGGGCCGCCAAUCAGCCAAAAGGAGCUGGAGAAGAUCGAGCGAGCCAACAGGGAGGAGAGUCUGAGGACUAGUUUGGAGAGCUCCCCCAAUAGCUCCCCAGUUCGGACUGUUUGCCACUCCGGCUCAACUGUGAGCAUUCAUUUUGAGGACAGAAAAAGAAAGUCUAUAGAAUUCAUGCCCAGUAGUAGUAGUAGUAGUUCAACCGACUCGCCCAGCCUACCAACUUCAGGAAUUCUGGUGAAAAGAAAGGAACCAAAUCACCUGGACGCGCCAACAAAAAAAGUGGAAAUCGUCGAUGUUCCCAUUGAAAUCGAGCCGCGACAAGCUGAGAUUUGCAGUCCAGUUCAUACACCGGAAUUCGGCCGCGCAAUGUACAAAUAUGCCAAGAACCUGGGAAAACAUAGCAAUCACAAAGAGAUCCCGGAAUCGAAAAGUGAUGGCGAUAUCACAAACUCAGAUAAUCUUAUGAGAAGUUGUCUUUCCAGCAGCAAAAGCCAACCGAACUUCAGCAAAUCGCACAGGCAACAAUGUUGCUCGGGAUUCAGCUCUUCGAACAAGCACAAGCUCCAAAACAACGCCUGCAGUUUGAUCUAGAAGGAUUUCCGGAGCUCGAAUGCGAGCUCCCCUUAUACUAAGGGCAAAUAAUAUCAAUGUGAUCAUAUCGAAUAGUCAAAUGAUGUGUUUUAAAUAAGUAUUCCUCAAUAAGUACCUGUAGUAGGUAGAGGCAUAAAUAUUGGAUAUUUUUAAUGAUUAGGUUUUCCCACUGAAGAUUAAAAAUCCGAAGCAAGUUUUAUUAGUGAGUAAACGACAGCGGUUUAAUUAGGUGAACAGUAUAAUAAAUCUUACGAGCUAGGAUUUGAGUAUUUUUGAAUAAAUAAGAUAUUUUUCAUAAAACGAUUUUUCUAAGGAGACUAAAAUCUAACAAGUUACUCAUCGGAUCAAGCCAGCAAACGUUUGAUUAUAUUAUACUCAGUUUAUUUAUGGAUAUGUAGCAAUAAAUUCUCAUUUUGUUAUCGACUUUCGAGCUUUAAAUGUUAAUUAGUGGUACGAACUAAGCUGAUUAUGUCAAAAAAAACUCACUUCUGCUUCUUACACUGUUUUAACCCUUCUAGUCAUGUUGUCGCUCAGAGCACUCCCAAGAUACCGCCAGAUAUCGACAGAAUUAAAAAUUGAAACAAAAAAUGCUCUAGACAUCGAUAAUUAAUAAUCAGGCAAACCAACGUGGUGAUUUGUUAAUCGAACUGAAUAGUCUAAAGCAUUUUUAAUUAUUAAGUAGACUAUUAGUUAGAACGUAAAUUAAUUCAAUUAGGAAACCGAAUGUUCCCAAUUCCCGUGGAAAAUGUUCAGUGAUGCUAAUUAUAAUAACAAACCUUAUGAGAAUACACUGUUAUUUCAUA